AUGCCGCCUUCCACGGCCCUCCCAACCUUCUAUUGGGUUGUCUUCGGUCUCUACGAGCCACUGCUCACGAGCCUUGGUUUCAUGGGAGCAGUGUUCGAUCCGAAAUCGACCCACGACCAGCAGGCACCGUGGCCCGCAGGCGGGCCGCCCGACGAGAUGCCAUUGGCGACUCGCGUCACCCUCCUACAACUAGGUCACGUCGCAGGCCUUCUCGGUCUGCUGAAUUUCUUCGUGCUCUCGGCGUGCCGCAAGUACCUCUUCUCGCAACCCGCGUUGCAGGAGAAGAUCGUAGGCGCUCUGCUCAAGCCUCUCCUUCUGGGAGACUUCCUGCAUAUCGCUAUCACGCUAUGGGCGCUGGGAGACAGCCGGUGGGAUAUUGCGAAUUGGGGUGGCAUUCUGUGGAUCACGGUCGUAACCGGCCUUAGCUUGAUGAUCCCCAGGAUAUCUUGGCACAUGGGGAUUGGGCGGUACGUUGAUGCGAGGGACAGAAACAUAGGGAAGACGGCCUAA